AUGGCGUUCAGGCGGCACUUCUCUCGCGUCGGCUCCGCCGAGCGCUGCACAGAGACCAUCUUCACUGACCACCAACGACAGGUGUGCGACUACGCGCUCGUCUACGCGGAGAAGAAGAACGACGGCGAAGCGCCGUACUCGGUCUCCUUCACCGCGACGCAGAGCGGCGACGUCAUCGUACAGCUGCACCCGCACUCGCAGCUCGAACGCGCUGGCCGCGGUGCCAGGGGCCGUGCCGAUGCUGGACCCCGUCUCGUUGACAAGAACGCGCUGUCCGCGCGCGGCAGCGGGCCCUCGCGCCAGUCGCGCUCGCCGUCGCCCGACUCUCCGCCCGCCAAGCGGGCCGCCUCCUCCGCUGACUCGUCCGGCUAUGAAACCGAUACGCCGGACGAGGUGCAGCAGGAGGCGGUCCGCAGGGUAUGCGGCGCGCUCGGCAUGAGGGAGCAGUUCGAGGCGGCGAUGGCGGCGGGCGAGCUGCUCGAGAUGCUCGAGAGCUUGCCGCGAGGGGCGGUCGAGGCCUCUGUCCGACAGAUGCGGGGUUACAACCGCACGGGCGAGUGGCCAGAGCCCAUUCUCACCAGCCCUACCCCGCAGCGCGGCCGCUCGCCAAGCCCCGUCGAUGAGUGGUCAGAUGGUUAG